AUGGGCGAUCUCGCCUCUGGCUUCGAGGCCAUCUCGGAGCCUAUCACCGUCGUGAAACAGGAAGCACUCGAGCUGAUCGACUUUACAAUGCCCAAUAUUAUUCAACCGGUCCCGCACCGACAUGAUAAAAUGUCUGCGACUGAGCUGCUAACCGAAACAGCCGAUCAACUCCAAUUUUCACACACGGUAAACCCUAUUACCCUCACCUGUACCACCUCCAUGAGCCUCCAAAAUCUCCCAACUGGCCACCUGGCAUCAGCAGGCUCACCCAUUUACUCUCCUACUGCAGAUACAACAACAGAACGGACCAUCAAGAAACGCAAGCCCCCUGCUCCUCGAUACAGCCCUAGGACGACCACAGUCUCGAGAAAGUCUUAUGAUGGCCAGGAGCGACCGCCUGGAACGUUUGUCUGCGACCAAUGCCACAAAGGAUUUGCUCGCUCUGAUAAUUUCACGCGUCACAAGCGCACGCAUGAGGGCUUUGUCGGUACGGAUUCGCUUUUCCCCAAACCGGGUUCUGUAGAUCACUAA